GACGGUUAAAGGCUGUAUCUCUCGUUGCUCGGCGCUGCAGAAGCGCACCGACGAUCGACGACGCAGCCGCACAGACGUAGCCUAGCUAGCCAAGCAGCAGUUCUCUGCACCCGUUCGCGCAAGUUCACGUUUUCGCUCUCGUUGGUUGAUUUUCGCUCAGGAUGGCCGACUUCGUGCUGAACACCACCGGCGAGCUCGACGCCGAGUCCAAGGCGCUGGCCGUCAAGGAGCUGAGGGAGACCGAGGAGAACGUCAAGAACGGCAUCGAAAAGCUCCGAAAGCUGCUCGAAGAGGACAAGACGAUCUACUUCGCCACCGACGACGAGUUUCUCAUGGUGUUUCUGCGGCCGUGCAAAUUUUACCCGGAGUCGGCGCACGCCCUCAUGAGGCGCAUCGCCGAGUUCAAGGACAAGCACGCCUCGCUGCUCAACAAUCUCAUGCCCGAGGACGAGCGCGCGGCCUUCCUCGAGAACAACGUCGUCAACGUGCUCAAGGGACGCGACCACAAGCGGCGCCGCGUGAUGAUCGUGAACGCGGGCAAGACCUGGGACCCGUCCAAGGUCAGCGCCGAUCAGAUGUUUCGCAUAUUCUAUCUGAUUCACGAGGCGGCGAUACUCGAGCCCGAGACUCAGAUUCACGGAGUCGUCGUGAUCAUGGACUUUGAGGGACUGUCGAUGAAGCAAGUGAUGGGCCUGACACCGGCCUUCAGUAUGCGCCUGCUCAGCUUCAUUCAGGAUGCCAUGCCGCUCCGUCUCAAAGAGGUGCACUUCGUGAAGGAGCCGUUCCUCUUCAACAUGGUCUGGCAGAUGUUCAAGCCGUUCGUGCGCGAGAAGCUGAAGAAGCGCAUGUUCUUCCACGGCACGAAGAUGUCGUCGCUGCACAAGCACAUGGCGCCUACGCACCUGCCGCAGAACUACGGCGGCGAGCUGCCCGCCAUCGAUUACACGGGCGCCGACUGGUAUCCCACCAUACUCAACCACGAGGAUUGGAUCAAGAGUAUGAACUCCUACGGCACGAGGAAAGAUUGAACGCGACGAGAACGAAGAUGACUGUGAUCGCUCUGACUUCGAGGUGCUUUCGUAAUGAUAAUUUUUUUUUUUUUUUUUUUGUUAACGCAAGGAUGAGAAUUUAUAACAAGCGCAAUUUUUUGUCUUCCCGAUAUUAUAAAUAAAUAAAUAAAUAAAUGAAUAUAAACAAUUUUGUAAAACGUCGCGACGCUGAGCGUAUUAAAGUAAAUACGUAUAUGAAUAAUAUUUAUAUUUUUUAACCGAGUCCGUUACUUUUAUUAUUAUUUAUGUUUUCGUAAUUGUAAUUGUCAAAGGUAUGCAAUUGCAGUAUAGUUGUUGGAUUCGAAUGCAGCACAUCGUUACACGUUGGACACGUAUGCAAAUAAAUAUAAUAAACAUACA